UCCCUGCUGUAUAUGACUUCGAAGUUGCUUUUCUCAAAGGAAAAGAACCAAACUUGAUUAGUAUGGUAAAGGGAGAAGCUGACGAGGUGCACCUGUGGGCCAGGAGAACUCCUAUUCAAGACAUUCCGUGUGACGAUAUUGAGGAAACUUCCAAGUGGUGCAGGAAGGUCUUCCAAAAAAAGGACGAAGGAAUGGCUUACUUCUUUGAACAUGGUAAAUUUCCAGCAGAAGAAAUUGAAUAUGCUAAGAAAAACAGAAGUCUCGUCGUAACGAUAUUGUGGAACAUACUUUUGGGUGUACCUCUUCUUUGGUAUAUCUUGUCUGUAUUACUGUCUGGCUCCAUUACCUCACUCUUAAUUGCUGCCACAAUUGCUCUAGUUGGUUUUAUCAUGAUCAAAGUACUGCUGCACUUUAGUGACUCCAAGAAAGGUAGCAGUUUUGGAUUGAAGCCUUCUAAUGGUACAAGAAACACUACCCCACCAAAUGGUGACACGGCCAAGAAGUUAACUUAGAUUAUAAUGUUCAGAUUGAUUUACGGAGUUGAACAGCGAGAUCUUUUCAAGAGAAUUAUCGAGAAUCAGUUGUAACAAUAGGUUCCUUUUACACAUUUUUGAUACUUAAGAGGGAAACGCAUUUGAUAUUAUUAUGCAUUUUGGUCUUUCCAAAAAAACAAACAAACAAACAAACAAAAAUAAAACAAAAUAAGAUGUUACAAAAAGCAAUAAAAAUGUUUGGUGUUUUCAAACUUGUUAAUUUCCAUGCCUGUUGAGGACCUUUCCAAGAUUUUUUCUGAGGGAUAUUUUCCUCGAUCUGGGAUGAAGGAGGAAUGCAGACUCAAAAUAAAGUGAAACAAUUAUUUAGUGACGGUAUUUCUUGCUUUAUCAUCCCCAUAAAAAAUCUUAAUAAGUUCUUUCCCGAAAGUAGUGUCGGUAGUUAGGGGAGGUUUGACUGCAAUCGAUUUCAAUAAAUACCAGCUUGUUGCC